AGCAGCGUAGUUCACGUUCACUUAAAAUGUAAGGCGCGAAAUUUAUGUGCGGUAUUCAAAUGAAGGUGUUGUGUUUCCUCGUCCACCCAUUUUCGGAUUUUCCUAUCGACCAAACACGCCGCAUGCUCUUUCUGAUUCAAAUGGGUUUUGCAAUGCAAUGCUCGAUUUGUCUCCCUCUUCGAUUCCCCAAAACCCCUCUUUCUCUUCAUCCUUACCAAUGGAACCCAUUCAAAGGUUCCCCAAAGAAUCAAAGGAUGCUACUUUCCGCUGUCAACGAUGACCGAAACUCAAACCUCGCUUCUGCCAAGAAAAGAAAAGUUGUGGAACACGUUUGUCUGCUUAAAGCAAAAGAUGAAUUGUCUGAAGAGGAAGAGAAUGACAUGCUGGACCAUCUCUAUACAACACAAUAUCAAAUGGGUGGUGUCGUUGCCAUUUCCUUAGGGCGCAUUUCUGACCCAAAUCCCGAGCAUCUUACGCAUGCUCUAUAUAUGCGCUUUCAGAGGAAGGAAAGCCUUGACAAGUUCUAUGCGAACCCCUUUUACUUGAAAGUUCUCAAGGAGCAUGUAAUGACUUACUGCCAUGGAUUGAUUAAUGUGGAUUAUGAAUCAGAAGUGGAAGAUGAAAUUCUUUCUAUAUUUCGGAAGGGAGAGGAUUUCAACCAGGGAGUGGAGUUUGUGCUUCUAAUAUUAUUUAAUGAUGGUGUACUGGGUAACCUAGCUGAACACGCGUUGGCCUCUCUAGCAUCGCUGAUGUUGGGAUCUCCUUCCUUGAUAGUCCAAUUUACUCAUGGUUUGAAUUUUAAUCCAAGCUCUAAGGAGUACACUCAUGGAGUAGUAGUACGAUUUCGAUCAGUUGAGGCAUUUGAGAUAUUUAUUGACAGCAAAGAAUAUAAAGAUGUAUGGCUUUCUGAGUUCGACCCUAUUGUCCAGAAAUCAUUAUCACUCCAUUACUCCGUUGACCCAGUGGGAACUGAAAUUAUGUAAUGAGGAAUUUCUGUGGGUUUUUUGACUGGAAAUGCGGCUUGGUUUCCUCUGCUUUUUACAACAGGGGUUGCUAUUUUCUUGUUUAUUUUUACCUGUUGAUUUGUUGUGAAUUAUGAAUCAAUAUUAUAUUUGGUCAAUAUCUGUGUCUCAGGGAUAUGCUUCUAGUGAGAAGAGUAAUGAUUUUCCUCGAGGCUCGAGAGUUGGAUAAGUGGUCUUGAGUUAAAGUCUGUGGUUGAAGUGUCCUACUUUUCGUCAGCAAUCCUGCUGAACCAAUUUUUUUUCUUAUCCAUCUUUACUAAUAUUGCUACUUGCCUCUUGAUCCUAGCGUUUCUGCAUGAUCCUUAAAAAACUUGGCUUAUCAUGCACCACCUGCACUGUUUGAGUAAAUAGAUUUAGAAUCCAUUGAACAAAAUAAAACUAUAUUUUACCUAGAUGUACAAUAGCCUAAGUUUUGUCUAAUAAAUUAAUCCUGGUUGCUAGUUGGCAUAA